UACAAGUCCCAGGCAGUCCAAAGCAGGCAGCACUUCCUGUGUACGUUGGAAAACUGAGGACACUGUGAAAAGGCUUUCUACAGUCGUCGACUUCCCCAAAAUCCUCUGAAUGCUGCCCAGUGUUCUCCGCUGUGCCAGUCCAAUCUCCACCACCCUCGCCUUCACCAGGCCCUUAGCCCACUUCAGACCCCACAUGGCUCCUGAUCCCAACCGGCCCGUGGAGGGGGCCAUACGGACCAAGCUCACCCAGCAGUUGGAGCCAGAACACCUGGAAGUCCACAAUGAGAGCCACAUGCACGCCGUGCCCCCUGGAUCCGAGUCCCACUUCAGAGUCCUGGUGGUCAGCCCACGCUUCGACGGCCUCUCCCUGCUACAGCGCCACCGCCUUGUCAACGAGACCCUAGCCGAGGAGCUGAAGAGCUGUGUCCACGCGCUGGCCAUCCAGGCCAAGACACCCCUGCAGUGGGGCAGCAACCCCAGCAUAGCCAAGAGCCCACCCUGCAUGGGAGGAUCCAAGGGGGACCACACGGUGGAGGAGAAACUCAAGGCUGGACGGGACUGACCAGCAAAACUCAGCAGUCAUCAACCCUGGUUCUAGAGAGUAACAGCCUGUGCGGGCUUUGGUUCCAGCACUAACUCAUCUAUUAAAAUGUGUUGUCUGUUCAAUACCUUGAUAAGUUUAAUCAGGUCUGGAACAAAAGCCUGAACGCCCCAUAUGCCUGCAGUUGAAGAGGGUGUCAAUUAACAUUGUUGUAAACUAGUGUGAUAUCAUUUCAAUACUGCUUGAGAGAUUGUUUCUAAAUGAGCAACAUCGCUUCGGUCUCUUGGCAGUUUAAUUCAAGAAGAGUUUGGUUUUAGAUUAGACUCCUGCAUUUUAGUGGCCAUCACUAAAAUGAAGUGCACGAAGAAGUGAAGUGCACGAAGUCGAGACAGAAUAAAGAAUAUGUUUUCUCAAGGUGCAUUGGGGCAGUUUUGUGGUUAGCAUUAUUUCCCCCCCCCCCCCCCAAAGGGCUUGGGUGUCUGCUAAUAAAAAUACAUAUUUGAUGACA